AUCAGAAUGGAGGCUCGAGGCACGCAUUACUAAGGCGACGGGAGAGACGCCUUUGGGUUAAGAGCGAACGGGCUACCGCUUCGCCCUAGAGGUUGUGACCCCUUGCGGCUUCCUUAUCUCUCCCACUCCUCCCCGUUCCCGGGCGACUAGGUUUUAGUCCGUCCCAGAUCCGCUGGCUGGGCGGAGAUCGGAGCUGUCAAGUGCCCACGGGGGCGACGAAGAUGGCGGCGGUGACUUCAGCGGCGGUGUGGGGGACCCCCUUCCCGGGAGCCGGGAAGCUAUAACAUGAAUCCUCCGCCCGCCGCGCCCCAUCCCCAGGGAUUCCGACAUCGCCCGGCCUCGGUCUCCGAAUAACGGGCGCUCGCCCGGGCAAAGUUGGUGUGGUGGUGCUGGUGGCGGCGUCACCCGCUCAGAGCCAUGGUGUCACUGAAGGGAAUUUACUUUAUAAUUUCACUCUUUUUGGGAAGCUUUUUGGGAAGUAUUUUCAUGUUGGCUCCUUUUUUACCUUUGAUGCUUGUAAUGCCGUCCUGGUAUCGCUGGAUCAACAAUCGCCUUGUGGCAACCUGGCUCACACUUCCAGUGGCAUUGCUGGAGACUAUAUUUCGUGUAAAAGUGAUUAUAACAGGUGAUGCUUUUGUUCCUGGGGAAAGAAGUGUUAUUAUUAUGAACCAUCGGACAAGAAUGGAUUGGAUGUUUCUUUGGAAUUGCCUGAUGCGAUAUAGCUACCUCAGACUAGAGAAAAUCUGCCUCAAAUCCAGUCUCAAAAGUGUUCCUGGUUUUGGAUGGGCAAUGCAGGCUGCUGCCUAUAUCUUCAUUCAUAGGAAGUGGAAGGAUGAUAAAAGUCACUUUGAAAACAUGUUGAAUUAUUUCUGUGAUAUUCAGGAGCCACUUCAACUCCUCAUAUUCCCAGAAGGGACUGAUCUCACAGAAAACAGCAAAGCUAAAAGCAACGAGUUCGCUGAAAAAAAUGGACUUGAAAAAUAUGAAUAUGUCUUACAUCCAAGAACCACAGGCUUUACUUUUGUAGUGGAAUGCCUAAGAGAAGGUAAAAACCUUGAUGCCAUCCAUGACAUCACUGUGGCAUACCCUCAUAACAUUCCUCAAACAGAGAAACACCUCCUAAGUGGCAACUUUCCCAAGGAGAUCCACUUUCACAUCAACAGAUAUCCAGUAGAAAGUCUACCAGAAACCAAGGAGGAACUUCAAGUCUGGUGCCACAAAAGAUGGCAAGAGAAAGAAGAUCGACUCCGUAUGUUCUAUGAGGGCCCAAAGAAUUUUUACUUCACAGGGAAGAGUGUGAUUCCACCUUGCAAAUCAGAGUUUAGGGUACUAAUGGUCAAAUGGAUGUCCAUCCUGUAUUGGACCUUCUUCACCCCUGCUAUGUUUAUUCUCUUAUAUUUCUACAGCAUUGUUCGGUGGUAUUUUUUAAUUAUAAUUCUCUUUUUUGUGCUACAAGAGAAAAUAUUUGGUGGACUAGAAGUCAUUGAACUUGCAUGUUACCGAUAUUUACAUAAACGACCACGUGUAGAUGACAAGAGAAACGAUUGAGAAUACAGGAUUCACAGGCCAGAAACUUGAUUUUUUUAAAAUGUUCUACAUACAGCCUUUGUAAACUGAGAUUUUUUUGCAUGAAAAUUUCAAAUUUUUCUUACUUCCAUCAUUCUUUGUUAAAGACAUUUUGCACUUGAUUUUGUGAAAAGGAAAAAAAAAAGAUGUUGCUCUAUAUGAAAAUAGUUUUUAACCUCAGAAUGUAAUUUUAAUAUUGCUUCAGCAAGGAGUUACAGUGGUAAAAUAAUUCUUGCUGGAUUAUUAAACAAUCAUUAGGCUGUUAAUAGGCAGGGUACCCAAUGGAUUUGUAAACUCCAAUACUAUCAUCCAGCCAAAUUGUGUAGCCAAAGGAGAUAGAUCUGGGACUUGUAUCCCCUAGCACAAAUCAAGUCUCUACCCAGAAGAGUGGAGGUAGGUCACCUCACUUAUUCAUAUGAAUUGUAUCUUUUUUACAUUUUCCUCUAUGUUGCCCUAACCACCCUUUUCCCUAUAGCUGUCCUCAUUCUAGCUUCCUUUUGGUGCCUGACUGAAACUCCCUGCCCUGCCUCUAUAUUAGUCACAUGAUUUGACAACCAAUCAGUACAAAGAACCUGAUCAUUCAUAAGAAGUUCCUAUUUGGCUUUUGGUGACCCUCAGAGUGAAGAAUCAUAUGUUCCCCUUUGCCCAAGGAGGGAACCAGGUCUAAAAAUAAACAGAGGCUUACCAACUUUUAAACCUCAAUGUGAAUUUUACAAUGAGAGAUUUUGCUGGUUUUCAUAUCUUCAUUUUGUAGUACUUCAUUUUCUUCUCAUUGUUAUAUGAUUGGUGCCAGUUUUUCUUCAGUAUAUUGAUAGUUGAUACCUUUUGGUCCCAAUAUGAAAAAAUAUACGUUUUUUCUUCCCCAUCUCUCCCAAAAGCUAAGUACAAUCUGAAAUGAUUAUAACAAAUAUGGAUUCUCAAAUAUUUCUGAAAGCCUACAGUAAAGGGAAGACUAUGUUUUGUCUCUCUGUGUAAAAAUCUACUUAGCCCUUUAAAAAAAAAAAAGCUUUAAACAUAGGUAAUUAUGAGCAAUAGCCAAAAUUACACGACAAAAGAACAUCAUAUCCCUGACAAUUCAGACUACUUAGUUAACAUUUUUUUUUGUUCUGGACAGUGGCUUCUAUUCUAGGUUUUAGCUUUGUUUUGCAAUAAAAGGGGUGUACAUAUAGUAAGCUUGGUGUACUGAACAGGUUCUUUUGCAGGAAGUACCCAUUCAACUGGAAAGAACAUUGCUAAAAAAUCAUUUUUGUUAGAAAGCAAAGCAUAUUAACUAUGUCUCCUAUUGGAAAACUGACCUAUAUUUAUCUAUCCCCUGCCCUAAGGGAAGACAGCUGCUUUUAAUUCUCUGCACUUAGCUACUAAUUAGUUAUUACAUACAUGUGCUGAAAGCCAUCUGUUUAACUUCAUGGCUUUUUGUUUUAUUUGGGGAUUGGAAGGAAGUUAACCUUUUUCCAUUAUAAAAGUAGUUUCUAAUUUAGGUUUUUCUCAGACUUCCUUUGGCUAUAUUUAGAAAUCCAAAAAGAGUUUGACAAUUGGGACUGCUCUGUUAUAGGUGUGAAGAAAAAAAGGCUCUACUUCUGUCCUGAAGGUAGUUAUAAUAUAGUUUUUAUAAGCUGAAAUCAUAGCUACUGUUCAAAGCUAUGAAGCUCUCUGUCCAGGAAACAUUUUCUGUCUAAUCUGAUGCACUUUCAAUUUGAACCUUGAAAAGGAAAACAUUUUUUUUUCCCACAGAAAACAUCUUUAAGACAAACUCUAAGGCCCCUUUCUGGGGUUCAGAAUAAGAUAUUAUAGACACCCCCACACCAGGGAGAAGUGGUUUUUACAAGGCACUAAGAGUUACAAAUGGUGACCCUUGGGGUGGAGUGGGUGGAGAGAAAAUGAAAUAAACACUUUUUGUCUUGAGAAAGCAGCUUCCACUUCCUGCUUUGAACUGGAAAAAAAAACAGUUUUUUUUUCUCAGACAUUUUUCAUCUUUUAAAAAGGUUCUUUAAAUAUAUUUUUCAAAAUUUGUAAAGCAAUUAGUACCUGUUUGUAAUAUUUAAUUGCUUAGGGGAUGACUCAGAAAAUUUAAUAUGAAAAUGGCAAAGAUGUAUCCAUAUAUCUUCAGUCCUUUACAUCUUCCAUAGCCCUCUACCUUGGUGCUCUAAAAGAAAGAGAGCUCCUUCUCUCCUGGCUGCAGUUCAAUUCAAAGAUAAUAAUCUUUUAAUCUAUGGAAAGUAUACUUGACAGCCUUGGAAAUUAUUAUAAUUUAGUUGUCCAAAUGUUCAAUUUUAAAAUUGCCAUUCUGUGAAAUUUUAAAUAAAUAAAAGUCAGCAUGUUUUAUACAGGGCAUGGACCAUGAUUUCCUCCAAGACCCAUAAGAAGAGUUACUAAUUAAGUAAGGAUCUUUUUUCCAGACCUGAGUGGAUUAUCAACAAUGACAUAUGACAGUAUACCUCAUUAAUUUGAACAGUCAUUAAAAGUACAUGGUAAAAGAUGAUCAUUUGUGAACUGUAAGGAGCAGGGAGACGUGUAAGAAAGACCUCCUUUUUAAGGCUUCACAUAAAAUUGUAUAUAUCACUUUGUUAGUCAAAUUCAGAAUACAAAAAUAAUAGCCCACUUCUACUUAAACUAUCUUACAGUUAGGUUGAUUGGAAUAUGGAGUCGCUCUAACAAUAAUGAAUCAGAAGCCUUAGUGCUAAGGGGCAAUUCUGUAAGCUGAUUGUUCAUAAAAAAAUAUAUUGGAGAUGUGACCUCCUGCUUUCUUUGCUCAGUCUCUAAGCUCUAGUCCCAACAGCCAUACCCUUCUGCACUUUACAGCAGCAGUUCCACUAGAGGAACUUGUUGGUGAAUUGUUUACAUUUCUUUGAAUGAACGACAUGCUUUUAGUGCCUUGGUUAAGGGUCUGGUUUAAUUUCAGGUAUUUCUGCACUAUGUCCCUUAGACAAAGGUUUCUUUUUAUUAACUCAUGGGGGGAAAAACGGUUUAGGCCUACGGUCUCUAACUAUUUGUUACUAUUGUUGGUAAGCAUCACUUCAUGGCAACAUUUAGGUAAUAGCUUAAAUCCAGGGCAUUUAUUGGCACAUUUGUGAGCAGUGAUAUAGGAUGCAUAAAGGAAUUUGCUGAUGACUGUUGCCUUCACUUUAAAUUUUGAUUUCAGAAAGAGAUUUUUGCUUUUUGAUAGCUUGAUCUUGUAAGAAGAGUUUUAUGAAAAAUAUGAAGAUAUGAAAACUCACAGAAUUGCCUUAGUUUUCAUCAUCCAUGAAUAUGUUAAGAUGUUUGUGAGUCAUGUAUCAGUGAUGUAUCAUACAUCCCAAAAUAAAAUGGAAUACUUAAA